GCAGUACAGUUUGGAUAGAUCAUUUGAGUUGUGUCAUCCUCACCUCUCUCUCUCACACGCUACCUCCCUCUUUGCUUCCCUACAAAAAAAAAAAUUGUUGUGUAUUUAUUCUUUGCUUCGCAGUAGUGAUCAUCUCGUAGUUUGGAAUAAUAAUUAAAGAAUCUCCCAGGCAGGCCAAAUACUUUCACAUUUAUAUAUAGCCAUAUACGCACACAGUGAGUGAAGGCAUACCACAGCAGCAAGUAGAAGAAUUUCUAGAGAGAAAGUAACUAGUUUGAGAGAGAGAGAGAGAGAGAGAUAGGAGGAGGUAGGUAUAGGAUCCGCAGGAUGUCUGCAGAUUGGGGACCGGUGGUGAUAGCGGUGGUGCUGUUCGUGUUGCUCAGUCCGGGGCUGCUUUUCCAGUUACCUGGGCGUGGGCGGGUUGUGGAGUUCGGCAACAUGCAGACAAGUGGGCUUUCUAUUUUAGUCCACACAAUCAUUUAUUUUGGGCUUAUCACUAUUUUCCUCAUUGCCAUUGGCGUCCACAUCCACACUGGUUAACCUUCACUGCUUGCUUCCUAAUUUGUUGUUUUGCUGGUUGUCAUGAGCUGCUGAUUCAUUACCAGGUUUUUACAUAUGUGCUUACUGAUUUUCAUCUGUCUACCAGACUUGUUCAACUACUUUUCUUGUAUCGGAUUCCGACUACUACUCUUUUCCACUCAAUCAAUCAAUGAUUUAAUGAA